UCCUCGGUCCUGGGUGGAGAUAACAAGUAAGGUCAGGGCCGAAUCGGAAAGGCGGGAGAUGGGACCGGCUAAUCCAGGAAGACUUCGGCAACUGCAGGCGCGACAGCACGGUCAGGAAAGCGAGGGAACGAAGGCUGCGCUCGCACCAGGAAGCGGGGCAGCGGGGCUUCCGGCGCAGAGCGGCCUGAGACUACGGCGGCCGUGCAGGCCCGUCUGCUCCUAGCUGUGUGCUCCCGGCGACAGUCCGCCCCGCCCCGUUUGGUUUCGAGCCGGCCUGGCCUGCGCAGUCGCGGCGGCCGGGGAAGAUGGUGGAGGACGGCGCGGAGGAGCUGGAGGACCUGGUGCACUUCUCCGUGUCCGAGUUGCCUAGUCGUGGCUACGGCGUCAUGGAGGAGAUCCGGCGGCAAGGCAAGCUGUGCGACGUGACGCUCAAGUUGAAGCUGAGGAUGCUUAGCUGCUUGCAGAAUGGCAGGCCAGAGGAGACCGUGUUGGCUCCUGUGUUCCAGUGGACCUGCCCGGCUGUGUUCAGGGCCGUGAAGAUCGGGGACCACAAAUUCAGUGCCCACCGGAUCGUCCUAGCGGCCUCAAUCCCGUACUUCCACGCUAUGUUUACAAACGACAUGAUGGAGUGCAAGCAGGAUGAGAUUGUAAUGCAAGGAAUGGACCCAAGCGCCCUGGAGGCUCUGAUCAACUUUGCCUACAACGGCCACCUUGCCAUUGACCAGCAAAACGUGCAGUCGUUGCUGAUGGGGGCGAGCUUCCUGCAGCUGCAGAGCAUCAAAGACGCCUGCUGCACGUUCCUCCGAGAACGGCUUCACCCUAAAAAUUGCCUGGGCGUACGCCAGUUUGCGGAGACAAUGAUGUGCGCCGUGCUGUACGACGCCGCCAACAGCUUCAUCCACCAGCACUUCGUGGAGGUGUCCAUGUCUGAGGAAUUCCUGGCCCUGCCCUUGGAAGACGUGCUUGAACUGGUGUCUCGGGAUGAGCUGAAUGUAAAAUCCGAGGAGCAGGUCUUUGAAGCUGCGUUGGCCUGGGUCAGAUACGACCGGGAGCAGAGGGGGCCCUGCCUGCCUGAGCUGCUGUCCAACAUCCGCCUGCCCCUCUGCCGGCCCCAGUUCCUGUCGGACCGAGUGCAGCAGGAGGACCUGGUGCGUUGCUCCCACAAAUGCAGGGACCUGGUAGACGAAGCAAAGGACUAUCACCUCAUGCCAGAGCGCCGGCCCCACCUGCCGGCAUUCAGAACCAGGCCUCGCUGCUGCACGUCCAUCACUGGCCUCAUCUACGCCGUGGGGGGCCUCAACUCAGCAGCAAAUUUUUAUGCAGGUGACUCCCUGAAUGUGGUAGAAGUAUUCGACCCCAUCGCCAACCGCUGGGAGAAGUGCCGUCCCAUGACGACAGCCCGCAGCCGCGUCGGUGUGGCUGUGGUGAACGGGCUUCUGUAUGCCAUCGGCGGGUAUGACGGCCAGCUACGGCUGAGCACCGUGGAGGUCUACAACCCAGAGAUGGACACAUGGACCAGAGUGGGGAGCAUGAAUAGCAAGAGAAGUGCCAUGGGGACGGUUGUGCUGGACGGGCAGAUCUACGUCUGUGGGGGCUACGAUGGCAACUCUUCUCUCAACUCUGUGGAGACCUACUCACCCGAGACAGACAAGUGGACGGUGGUGACCCCGAUGAGCUCAAGUCGCAGUGCCGCUGGGGUGACGGUGUUUGAGGGCAGGAUAUAUGUGUCGGGUGGCCACGAUGGUCUGCAGAUCUUCAACAGUGUGGAACACUACAACCACCACACAGCCACCUGGCAUCCAGCGGCCGGCAUGCUCAACAAGCGCUGUCGGCACGGAGCCGCCUCCCUGGGAAGAGUAAUGGAGAAAAACAGAUGCUUGAAAGAAACCGAAGGAAAUUCAAACAAUGAAACGCGUGAAAGAAACUGGAAAGAAAAAUACCUUUCUUUAAGUGAACAUUUUCUGUGAGUAGAAGACAUUAAAAGACACUGAAGGCAAAUAUGAGUUUAAAUGGAAAACUGCCCACCAUGAAAUAGGGCAGCAUCCGCUCCCACAUUCGGGUCCCAGGGUCCUGAGGCCUGGCACAGCACUUGGGGUUGCCUCUGAGCCCUCAUGUGUCUGGGGUCAGUAUGCUUUCCACUGGUCCUCUAGCAAGGUGCUCUUGGGGUUUGUACUCACACCCACCAUCAGAGGACUUUUUUAAUUGUAGGCUUAGUGAAUCAGUUCAAUUACGGCUACUAUUCUAGGGGGGGAGUUCCCAGCUGGUUGCCAGAGGCUCCAGGUGCCCCUAUGGUCACCUCCCACUGCCGCCAUGGCACUCACUCAGACUCCCCGCCCUUCCUUUCAUUCUUCAUGACCAGCAAGGAAACAGCAGGUCUGGCAACAUUCUGGCCCAUCUAUCAUUGGGUAGUUUUCCUCAUUGUGAUGCUUCUGGGGCACAUUGACCAUUUGUACCUCUAGAACCUAACCAGGGACUUGGUCCUUCCACCAUCCAUGGCUGGCUUGGUCCAGUAGCCUCGUCUACCCUCCUGUCCGCUGCUUCUCCAUCCACUUGCCAAUUCCAGGGGUCUGGCCUCCUCCAGCCCAUGGCUGACUGACCAGCAAGGUGGACCUUUACACUCAAGCAAAGCUGACGUUAUGACAAAGAACUAAAGGCCGAAAGAAUCUCUUGCUGCUGCAAAGAACAGAUUUUAUAUUUCUUCCUCUGAUCUUAGCAAAUGACCUCUUGAAGAGACUCCAUGCUCCUUCCUCCUCCUCCCUGAACGGGGCCUUGAUGUCACGCAGCAGGGCCCGAGCAGGAGGACACUUCUAUUCCAGUGCACUGGGCAGUGGGGCUGUGCGUCAGCGGCUGCUUCCAAAAUCAGUUUUCUAAACUGCUUCCAGCACAGACUAAAUGAGGCCACAGAUCCUUUAAUGCAGGACUGGGUCUUCAGACCCCAUUCUUCUCGCGGCUGGCCUCCUGUCCUUGCUGCCUACCUGGGGUGGCCUGGAAGCCUGUUCAGAAAGGCACAGUGUGCAGCCUGAGACGUCUUUCCCACCCCAACACCACAAGGUUUACGAGUGUGUGCAAUCGCCACGUAUCCAGAGGGAUGUACCUUUUGUUACCUGCCACUUAGGAGCCAGGUUUCUGCUACAAGCACUUGAAAAUGAUGUUUUUAUUUUAAAAGACCCAGCAAUCUGAUAUAGUUUAGCCUGGGCUCAUGGUGGAGUCCCAGUGUUUCUCUCUCACUCCCUCUGGGUUUGCCUACUGAAGUAGACUCAGAAAGUGGUUGGGUCUGCGUUUCCUGUUAGAGAGGAGUGUGUCAGUGCCCAUCUUAUCAGAAGGCCUUUUGUGAACUAGAAGCAGUCCUGGCCAGCCCGGAUUGUGCAGGGGUUAAGGAUCAGUCAGUGGGCUAACGAGGGGGCCUCCUGGGUCCUCCUGAUGCCGGCACAGAUGUUGCCAUUGAGGCUGAUAGAUGAUUUCCCCACCAUCUGCUGCUCUUGUACUGGCCUUCCUGAGUCCACUCCCCACUCCUGGUGUGGAAGUUAACACUGCAGCACCCGGGCCUGCGCUUUGAUCUGGGUGGGCUGUGAGCACUCGAGCCAACACCAACAUUUUCACACUCUUCCAGCUGUCGCUUCCUUGGCCUGAGGGGUGUAUCUGUAAAUGGCUGGGCUGGCUCUUAGGUGUUGGAGACUUUCCAGUGCCCUGUGAAAAGAAGAGUCCUCACCCAAGGAUGCUGUGAAAAGCGUGUGACUGGGAGGUAGGAGAGAUGUCCUGGUCAGUGGACCUUGGGUCCAGCUCAGCUGUGAGCACGAGCCUGCAACGCUCACUGUCCUUGGGCGUUUCCCCUGCUCAGAUAACACACACAGCCUUUUGGGUUUCACCUGAGAUCAAAGCCAGGAUGGGAGCUGAAGACCAGCCUUUUGACUCGGCCACAGAGUGGGAGUGGAUAGAAAUUCUGCUCCUCCCCCCACCCCCGGCAAUUUAACCUUUCCCAGAAAAAUCUUAUUUCCUUAUAUUUAUAGAACGCAUGUCUUUUGUGUUAAGAAACCAAAGAAAAAUAAAAAGUAUACCCCUAAUA